AUGCGUUUCUUCUAUAUAUUCGUUGUAGCAGCUCUCUUCGCUGUGGCGUAUGCCGUAGCAGAGGAAUCAGUAUCGGAAGACAUUAAUCCAGAGAAAUCAGAAAUUUCUCAUGUUCGUGAAAAACGACAUAUUUUGAGAAAGAAACUCCUAAUCGUUGGAGGUGCAUUGCUUGCAAAAAAAGUUAUAGCAGCGAAAGUAAUAGGUGCAGGAGUCUUAGGUGCAGGAGCCUUAGGAGCAGCAGGUCUCGUAGGUGCUAAACUUUAUCACGCUAAACAGGGUAGUCUUGGCGGAGGCUACGGUGGUGCCCAUGGUGGAGGCCACGGAGGUUAUCAAAGUGCCCCUUCUGUAGUCCAUAACCAUUAUGCAGCACCAAAUUCCGUUUAUGGAUCUUCUGGUCCUGGUUGGGCCUCUGGUUCUGCUUCAGCCGGAUAUGGCUCAUCCGGUUCAUCGACCAGUUAUGGAGCACCUGGAUGGUCUGGGUAA